AUGAGACUUCUUGCAGUGUGUUGGUUGGUAUGGUCGCUGGCAGGGCUUACUGAGGCGCGACGGAAACUGUCGACCAAUUCGCUGGUGAGCUGCAUGGAGGAUUCGCAGCUGACAGCGAAGAGCUUCGAUGUGGUGUUCAACCCGGACGACCUGUCCUUGAACUUUCGGUUGGAUCUGAGCACCGAGAUAAAUGGGACCGUGCGUGCAGUGGUGGAGGUGUGGGCCUACGGAUUCAAGGUGAUCACGGAGGCGAAGGACAUGUGCGGGAUCGGCUGGAAGCAGUUUUGUCCUGUGACGCCCGGUGACAUCCAGAUCCAGGCCGUGCAGUAUGUGAGCGCGGAGUACGCAAACAAGAUUCCCGGCGUGGCGUACCAGGUGCCGGACAUUGACGCCUACCUCAAGGUGAUGGUGCACGAAACCCAGUCGAACGACCAGGUGGCGUGCAUCCAGGCGCACUUCACGAACGGCCGCACCGUGGCGCAAACAGCUGUGAAGUGGGCGACGGCGACAAUUGCGGGGCUUGGACUGCUGGCGUCCGCAACGCUGUCUGCUUUUGGGAACUCGAACGCCGCGUCGCACAUCUCUGCGACGACAAUGUCGCUUUUCCUGUACUUCCAGUCUGUCGUGGUGGUGAGCAUGGAGAAUGUGGAGCGGCUACCGCCGAUCGCGGACGCGUGGGCGCAGAACCUGGCGUGGAGCAUGGGGCUGAUCCGAGUGGAAUUCAUGCAACGCAUCUUCCGGUGGUACGUCCAGGCGAGCGGCGGCGAGCCGUCGCUGCAUUUGACGUCAACGACCACGUCUGUGCUUGCCCAACGCUCACUGGAUGCGCUAGUGGGCCGGCCCGUGAGCAAGGCGACACAGUCGCUAUUUGCCAGCACACACACGAUGAUCUUCAGAGGGAUCCGUAGACUGGCCUACCGUGCGAACAUAGAGAGCUCAUCGGUUGUGUGUACCGGGCUAACGUUCUUCCUUCUGUUCGGCUAUUUGAUUGCCGUGGCGUUUACAUUGUUCAGCGGGCUACUCGAGCUGCUUAUCCGCAUGAAGCUCAUGAACCCAGUUCGGUUCCUAGACUUCAGGAAAACGUGGGUGAUUGUGCUCAAAGGUGUUCUUUUGCGUUACAUCUUCCUCGGGUUCACUCAAUUGACGAUUCUCUGCUUUUGGGAAUUCGUGAACGUUGAUUCCCCGGCGUUGGUCGUUCUGGCAGUCUUAGCUCUACUUUUAUCUUUGUCAAUUAUGGUUUGGGCUGCCUACCGCACUAUCUACUUUGGAAGGGCUUCCAUUGGUGUGCACUCGAACCCAGCUGCCAUUCUAUACGGCAAUGAAAAUGUGCUACACAAAUACGGCUUCUUCUACACAAUGUACAGUGCGACACACUACUGGUGGUCCUGCAUGAUCCUCGCGCAUAUUUUGUUGAAAGCGGUAUUUAUUGCAUUUGCCCACAAUUCCGGUAAAACCCAGGCCGUCGCUCUAUUUGUCAUUGAAAUAAUAUACCUCGCAGCUCUGGCUAAAUGCAGGCCGUACCUCGACCGCGCGACUAACAUCCUGAACAUUAUGAUAUCCAGUGUUACUCUUGUUAAUUCGUUCCUCUUCUUAUUUUUCUCAGGGCUCUUUGGACAGCCUGCAAGCGUCAGCUCCAUUAUGGCAUGGGUAUUUUUUAUUUUGAACGCUGUCUUUUCUUUAAUCUUGCUGAUCAUGAUACUCGUGUGCAUCGCAUUGGUGGUCUUCACGCGCAACCCAGAUCUCCGCUUCAAACCAGCUAGGGACGACCGGAGGUCGUUCCAGAGAAAGUCAACAAUCAAUAUCCUGGGUAAAGCUAGCACCGCCGAACUACUUGCUCUUGGCACCACCGCAAAGGCACACAACGAAAACUGGGAAGAUGAACUGAAGAAACAACAAACGGUCACCGUUGAUGACCAGGUUGUUUCGCCAGAAGAUUCGCCCUUUGCAGAGCCAGUGCAGGAACCAAAGACCUCAGUGUCCGGCUACAUCAAGAGGAAACUAUCCCUCAAGCGUGAUAAAUCCACAAGAUCCAAUCGUUCGCAAUAUGAUAGGUUACAGGACUAG